AUGCUUGGUCUCUUCUCUCUCUUCAUAGCGUUGGCUGCGGCUUACCCUGCUCGGGGGCCAUGUACAGGAGACUGCUGGGCGCAUGACCCUGCUAUGAUCCAGCGCGAGUCCGAUGGCAAGUACUUCCGUUUCUCCACUGGAGAUGGUGUCAUCACUCAGACGUCCUCGUCCCUCAAGGGACCUUGGACAAGAGUCGGUGCUGCUUUGCCCAAUGGCUCGAACAUCAACCAAGACGGAUUGAACACCACCGAUAUCUGGGCUCCUGACGUGCACUAUUCCGAUGAGCUUUACUACAUGUACUACGUGUUGUCAAAGAUUGGCACUCAAACAUCUGAGAUUGGUGUAGCCACAUCAAAGACCAUGGAGCCCGGUUCCUGGACUGAUCACGGUAUUGUUGGCAUCCCCGCCAAUGACGACUACAACCGUAUCGACCCCAACUGGAUCAGCAUCGGCGGCAAGCAAUAUCUUCAAUUCGGUUCUUUCUGGGAAGACAUCUUCCAAGUUGAAUUGACGAGCGCCCUGAAAGUUGGCUCCAACACCCCGUACCAGAUCGCCUACAAUGCCUCCCUGAACCACCGUAUCGAAGGAUCCUUCCUCUACGAACACGGCGACUACUACUACCUCUUCUUCAGCUCUGGUAUCGCAGGAUCAUACACAGCGACCUACCCCGCUACAGGCGCAGAGUACAGUAUCCGUGUCUGUCGAUCCAGCAGUGGAACCGGUAGCUUCGUGGACAAAGCUGGCACUGAAUGUACCAAGUCCGGCGGCACAAUGCUAUUGGCUAGCCACAACCAGGUCUACGGCCCAGGUGGAGAGGGUGUGCUCACUGACAAGUCUCUCGGGCCCGUGCUCUACUACCACUACUAUCCCCUUUCUAUCAAGGAAGAUGGCGGUGAAGGCACAGCUGGCUACCGGUACGGAUGGGACAAGCUCGGUUUCGAGGAUGGGUGGCCGGUUGUUGAGGCUGCUUAA